UUUCAUAUAGUGUUAUAUAGGUUGUUGGUAGUUAAUCUGAUAAGGAAAGGGUUGAAUUUUAUAUUGUUGGUUUUAUAAAUUGUUAAUUGGGUAUCUUUGUAUGUGAAUGUUGUAUAGAAACAGCAAUAUGAAGUUAGUAGGGGUUUGCGGUUUGCUGUUAUUUGUGCAAGUAACGUCUGCUAUCUACUUUCACGUUGGAGAGAGGGAGAAAAAAUGCUUCAUUGAGGAUAUAGCAGAGGAGACCAUGUUGACCGCCAAGUACAAGACCAUGGUGUAUAACCAGGAGGCAAAUGCCUUCAAGUUCUCACCACCUGAUCUAGGAAUGCACGUUGAGAUUUCAGAUCCAGACAAAAAGGUUGUGCUUUCAAAAACUUAUGGUCCCGAAGGAAUGUUUUACUUCACUUCACACUCAGCGGGUGAUCAUGAGAUUUGUAUGUACUCUAACACCACCAAGUGGUUCGGUGGACGGAGAAUGAGGGUGUUCUUUGACAUACAAUCAGGAGAACAUGCAGCUGAUGAAGAAGUCACAGCAGAGAAAGGACAAAUGGCUGCGCUUGAACAGAGGAUUCAACAUCUGAUUGAUCAAAUUAAAAUCGUCCAGAAAAACCAGAACUACCAAAGGUUCAGAGAAAAGGUUUUCCGCAAAACGAGCUCGAGAAUCAACUACGAUGUUGUCUGGUGGUCCCUUGCACAAUGCUUGGUGCUGGUAGGCUCAGGGCUCUUUCAAAUGAGGCAUUUAAAAAGCUUUUUCAUCACAAAAAAAUUGGUUUAGUUUAAAUUGCCCCACAAUGUUUUGUUGUGUCACUUUUCUAGUUUUCAUCAAGACAAGUCUUGUUCCAUGUGCUGUACCUUUAUGUUGUAAAAUGUUAUAUUUGCUGUAUAUUUUAUAACAAGUAGUUUAAAUAAUUUGAACCAUAGUCGUUCUCCCUAAGUACCAACACAAUGUGCAAUCGUGUUAUAAAUUACUCCAUCCACCAGAGCAAGUAUCUAUGUAGCUCUGGAUCGUAAAUGUUUUCACUUUUCAUUGACAAUUUGACGUUUUAAAUUGUGUACGUUUUCAUUGUUGUACGUGUAAGUUGUCAUUUCUCACAGAUUCUAAUGUUGCAUAUGAAAGUUGCCACUACAUUGCCAAUGUUUCUGUUUACUGUGUUGUCAUGUUAUGUUUUGCCUUGCUAAGAACUGUUUGUUUUACAGAGUAUGUGUUGUAAAUAAUAAAUAAAAUUUGGUGCAUGUGA